GGCUCCAGUAUAAAUAUUUGGAGCGAGCAUCACUCGGCAUCAUUGCAGCUUGAAACUUCAGAGGGCUUUCUCUAUCCUGGGAACAAAGACAAGGACCAUGGCGCUUACAGAAAAGUGCACCUGCUGGAUGCUGGUUCUGAAUGCCUGUCUCAUUCUGACCGUCCAAGCAGAGUGUGGCAAAGACUGUGCCUACUGUAUUUAUCACCUACAGGAUCGUCAUGCAGAAAUCAACACUGUGACGUGCACGUUAGAAUGCGAAAGGAAGCUGCUGACAACAAAAACUUGGGAGGUUUGCAAAAAUGUCUUACAAGGAAAUCAGCCUCAAAUGUCAACAGAACAGGUAAACGACCCACUUGAAGGUGUCAACCAGGAAAAUGGUGACCACCAACUUGCAAAGAAGUACGGUGGCUUUAUGGAGCGCUACGGGGGUUUCACAAAGAAGAUGGCUGAACUAUAUAAUGUUGAACCAGAUGACGACAAUGACGGGAGCGAAAUUCUGGCCAAGAGAUAUGGUGGUUUUAUGAAGAAAGAUGUUGAAAGCGGCUCACAGGCAGACACUGCAGGACUUUUGAGGGAGAUCCUAAAUGCUGGCGACAGUGAAGUGGACAGCAAUAAUAACAAAAACCACGAUGGUGAGAUCACAAAAAGGUAUGGAGGAUUUAUGAGAAGCAUCAAGAGAAAUCUAGACCUCGAAGAUGGAAUCAAAGAAUUGCAGAAAAGAUACGGAGGAUUCAUGAGAAGAGUGGGUAGACCGGACUGGAAAGAAAACAACAAAAGAUACGAGUGGUUUUCAAAGCAGCCCAAAAACAAAGAUUCAAAGGAGAUUAAUUCUGAAGAGGUUGAAAAGAGAUAUGGAGGAUUUAUGGGUUAUUAGGAUGCAAAAAAAAAAAAAAAAAACUCUUAUUAAUCAUACUUUAUUGUUCUACUGUCUUGCUUGUGAUGUACAGGUUUUUUUUACUGUCUUGGUAAAGAAAAAUUACCAACAUAUCUUUCUUCCCUCCCUAUCCAGCUUCCAGUGUUACAGUAGGCCAAUGUUUCAGCAUUCUUUGGGUUAUUUUUUUAUGACGGCAUCCCUUUUCUCAACGUUAGCAUGACUGUAUGCAACAUACUUAUUUCAGCUACCUAAAUACAAGCAAUCAGUCUGCCUCUGUAAAUGAGCAAUGUAACAUUGCCAAGAUAAGGGAUGCAGUAGCAUAUAGAAACUGAACAACUUAGUGUGUAUGUACUGUAGUUCUACAGGCUUAAACUGUAUUGAGUUAUAUGCACUCUAGUUUUUUUUUCCCCCAUUUGAACCAAAUCUGUAUCUCCUGCUGCUUAGCUGUACAGAUAAUAAAUUAAUUUUACCUGCAA